AUGGAAAAGCUGCCAGAGUCUGUAGAUGUCAUAGUUCUGGGUACCGGUUUACUAGAAUCAGUUAUUGCGGCUGCCUGCUCUAGAUCAGGCUUAUCAGUUCUACAUCUUGACAGAACGGAGUUCUAUGGCGGUGAUUGGUCCUCUUUCAAUCUACGAUCCAUAAAUGAAUGGCUUACGGUUAACAGUGAGGAAAAGAGUGACGUGCUCGAACCAGAAUAUGAAAAACUUUUAUCUGAUGGGGAGACUCUUGUCCAAAUAGUUGAGAGAAAUACGAUUGCUAAUAUUCAAACGUCCUGGAAUGACGCAAGUGAAGAGACAACUGAAGUAAAAGUAAAAGAUGAAACUAUGCAAAUGACUCACAAGGAGUUCUUACAAGAGAAGGAAUGGAGGAAGUUCAGCAUUGAUAUGGUACCUAAGGUACUUCUGGCUCGAGGACCAAUGGUGCAAACUCUAUGCGAUUCCGAGGUGGCCAAAUAUGCAGAAUUCAAAUGUGUUGAUCGUUUCCUAUGCUUUGAUCAAAACGCACCGAAAACUGAAGCUUAUAGCCGAGUACCUUGUUCAAAGGGUGACAUCUUCGUGGAUGACAAGUUGAACAUGAUUGAUAAACGAAGGUUGAUGAAGUUCUUGACUUACUGUCUUCAAUGGAACACCAACGCAGACUCUCUCAACGAUUGGCAAAAUUAUCAAGAUAAAAGCUUCUCAGAGUUCCUAAACACGAUGGGCAUAACAGGCACACUUCAACAGUAUGUUGCUGAUGCGAUCGGUAUUCUUCAUCCUAACGCAAAUACGAAAGAAGGUCUCACAGCUGUCUGCAAAUUUAUUGACUCAGUUGGACGUUUCGGAACUUCUCCUUUCCUCACUCCUCUGUACGGGUGCGGCGAAUUGUCGCAAUGUUUUUGCCGUCUUUGUGCUGUGUUUGGUGGUUUAUAUUGCUUAGGACGGCGUAUUGAAGCUUUGAUUUACAAAGAUGACAAGUGUGUGGGUGUAAUAGCUGAUGGUCAAGCUGUCAGAUGUACUCAAGUCAUAAUGUCUCCUAAAUACAGCCCAAAAUCGAGUAAUGACUCAGAGAAAUCUUAUAUCCAUAGGUCCGUUCACAUUACCAAGGAAUCUGUUUUCGAGGAGAAUAAAGAACAUGUUUCCCUGGUCAAUCUUUCAUCUAUAGAAUCUGAGGCUUGUGUUCGAUAUUUCGAAAACGGCUUUGAAGUUUGUGCAGCACCUAAGGGAUACUAUUUAUCCAACUUCACCGGAAAAGGUUCUAUGGAGAAGCUGAAAGAAGUUGAGAAAAAAAUAUUGGCCAGCGAAGAAGGAGAAGGUCCAAAGCCACUAUGGAGUUUAUACUUUUCUAUUUUAACAUCUGUCAACCAUGAUAAGUUGCCAGAAAAUGUCACUGAAGUGUCUGGACCAGACCAUUCCCUCGAUUUUGCUACAGUCAUAUCAGAAGCACAACGAAUUUUCUCUUCUCUGUGGCCUGAACGAGAUUUCCUUCCACGGUCAUUGAAGCAGGAGGAUGAAGAAUCUGAUGUGCCUCCGAUUGGAGAAGAAAUGCAGUCCGAGUAA